AUGGUGGCAAAUGGAAUAGCCCUUUCUGAAGGGUUCGAGCCUUCCAAGGAUGGCACCCAUGCUGUCUUAACAAAGACUAUCGAGUCAUCUCCCAAUGAUGAGCGCAGUUACCGCCUUCUUCGACUAAAUAAUGAGCUCGAGGUGCUCUUGAUCCAUGAUCCAAAGGCUGACAAGUCUGCAGCUGGAUUGGAUGUACAUGUCGGACAUCUGAGCGACCCUGACAAUCUUCAAGGCCUAGCUCAUUUCUUGGAGCACCUACUCUUUCUUGGAACUACAAAAUAUCCGCGUGAAAACGAAUACAAGGAGUUCUUGUCGCUCCACGCCGGAAAAUCCAAUGCAUCCACUUCUCUGGACCAUACAAACUAUCACUUUGAGGUUGGCCACGAAUAUCUUGAGGGCGCACUCGAUAGAUUCUCCCAGUUCUUCAUAUCUCCAUUGUUCAACGAGAGUUGCAAGGAACGGGAGAUCCGUGCAGUGGACUCUGAAUUCAAGCGAAACCUACAAUUGGACCAGCGACGACUCUUUCAAAUUGGCAAACAUCUCUCAAGUCGCGAUCACCCUUACUGGCAUUUUGGAACAGGCAACCUGUUGACUCUAGAGGAAGGUCCCAAGGACGAGGGAAUCGAUAGCAGAGAUGAGCUGAUCAAGUUUUAUCACAAAUACUACUCUGCCAACAUCAUGAAGCUGGUCAUUCUUGGACGUGGUAGGGUAGCGACAGCUGUUUUAAUUAAGGCGUGCAAAGAAUCGCUGGACCAGCUUGCUGUAUGGGCUGUCGACAAAUUCUCGGAUGUAAAAAACCUUGACAUCCUACCUCCCGCCUACUCCAACCCGCCCUUGACAUCAAAGGAAUUCUUGACGACGGUCUAUGUCAAGCCGGUGAAAGAUACCAGGUCCUUGGAAAUCAAGUUCCUUUUUCCGGAUGCGACGCGGCACUAUACUGUCCAACCGACUCGCUACAUCAGCCAUCUCAUCGGCCACGAGGGCGCCGGAUCCAUUCUUUCGCUCUUGAAGAGAAAGGGAUGGGCGAACAGCUUGUCAGCUGGCAGCUACCCUGGAGGGAUUGGCUUCGAGUUCUUUAAGGUUACGAUUGAUCUGUCCAGGGAAGGUCUGCAUCACCACGAGGACGUAGCUGUCAUCGUCUUUCAGUAUAUUCAACUCCUUCGACAGGAAGGCGUAAAGCCCUACAUCUGGGAUGAGAUUGUGUCGCUGGCGAGCAUAGGGUUCCGAUUCAAGGAAAUGACACCUGCUGCCGCAUAUGUGACUGGGACAACUAAAGAGAUGCAGAAGGGCUAUGCUCCUGAGUGGAUUCUCUCUGGAUCAGAGUUGGUACGUGGCAAUGACCCCAAUCUCGUGAUGGACUAUAUCAACGAACUGCGGGUGGACAGAUGGUGUGGGCAGGUUGUCAGCCAGGACCCGACUGUUGUACCCGGGGAAGCGUUUACAGAGACAGAGCGAUGGUAUGGUGUAGAAUAUCAUGUCGCGAACGUCUCCCCAUCACUUUUAAAAAGGCUGGAGCAGCUCGAACCCCAUCCAGAACUACACUUCCCUGUCCCGAACGAAUAUAUCCCAAAGAACUUUGAGACAGGAAAGGUACCGACGCCAAGCCCGCUCAGUCAUCCGGUCCUGGUCAAGCACACGCCUCUGGCUCGACUCUGGCACAAGAAGGACGAUGUCUUCUGGAUUCCCAGGGCCCAUCUCUGCUUUCUUUUGAGAUCACCCAUGAUGACGAUGUCACCGAGCCACCAAGCAAGAUCCAUGCUCUAUGUCGAGCUAGUUAAGGAUGCGCUUAACGAGGAAGCGUACAAUGCUGAACAGGCGGGACUUUACUAUUCCCUCAGUUGCACCAUAGAUGGAGUCGUCCUCAAAGUUGAGGGCUACAACGACAAGGCCCAUCUUCUGCUUCAAAAAAUCAUCCGCACCAUGAAGACCCUGACGAUCGAUUCGGGCCCGUUCUGGCGACUCAAGGAGCAGAUGGAGCGGAACCUCCGAAACUCCAAUCUCAGCAACCCCAAUGUCCUUGCAAAAUACUACAUGCGAUAUCUUCACCAAGAGAAAAUGUGGACGUACUUGGAGAGACUGGACGAGCUAGAACCGAUCACGCCCGAGAGCUUGCAGCAGUUCUACCCAGAGAUGCUAGAUCGUCUUCAUAUCGAGGGACUGGUACAUGGAAACAUAGAUCAAGCCCAAGCGCUUUCGAUCGCCGAGAUUGUCGAGAACGGACUUGCACCGAGGCCGCUUGUGCCAUCGGAACUCAUCUCUUUGCGAUCCCUGACGGUACCCGAGGGAUGUCGGGCAGUUUAUGAACGCGAUUCCAUGGACCCCAAAAAUCUCAAUUCGGGCGUUGAUUACUAUGUUCAGAUCGAAAUACCUGCUUCCAGACCAGAGCUAGCUCGGAGAACAGAGCGAGCUGUGGUUCAGAUUCUGGCCCAAAUCAUCCAGGAGCCGUGCUUCAGCCAACUACGGACGAUCGAGCAGCUGGGCUACAUUGUUCAGAGCGGCAUUCACUGUCCUGGUGGGACUCACGGGAUCAGGAUCUCGGUGCAAUCGGAGAGAGAUCCCGUCCACGUGGAGAAUCGGAUCGAGAGCUUUUUGACAAUUAGGUUAGCGACGCUGCUGGAGACUAUGACCGAGGCGGCCUACCGGAAACAAGUCCAAUCUCUGAUCAAGAAAAAACUGGAGAAGGACAAGAAUUUGAAGCAGGAGACCACUAGAUAUUGGGACCAGAUCACCUCGGGAUACUAUGACUUUGAGGAGACCCAGGAAGAUGUCAAGGAGAUCGAGAAUAUCACGCUGGACAUGACCCGCAUAUUCUUCCAGCGCUGGGUCUUACCGGGUAGCCCACAAAUCAAGAAGGUGUCCGUUCACAUUCGAUCGCUCAAUCUGCCUCCAUCAGGCGAGGAAAAGGAAGGAGACGAACUCACAUUGAGGGAAGGAACUGAGGUUGUGAAGGAUGCGGUUAGAUUCAAGGCAGGAUUGGAGCUAAGUCGAGCGCCAUAUCCGAUUGUGGAUUUACUUCGAUAUUCCAAGCUUUAG